GAUAGAUGUAACGGUGUCAUUCGGUAAUUAAUCCUCACUUUUAGACUAAAGACCAAAUUAUAUGCACGUACUGCCAACCGCAAUCCAGCCUCGCCGUGUUCCGAUCUUUCGGAAGAAAAAUUUUGAACGAGAAUAGUUCAUUUUAAUCGAUAUGUUGGGCCCGUGCAGUUGUGUUCUCGUGCUUUUGUCCGCGGGACUGGCUAAAAACACACACGGCGAACUCGCGAAUGUUGCUUCAGUGAAAAUUAAUUCUGACGAUAAAAGCGAUUCAAUAUUUUUUGUUGUACCAAAGGAACCUGGGUUUGACUCACAUUUGAGCAGUGAUAUAACAUAUGUAGUCAAGGACUCGGAUGACUACGAAUAUGAUUUCGAGGACAGAUAUAGAUCAGAUUCGAAUAAUGAGAAAGAAGAUUUCGUCAUUAAUGAUAUCAUAAAUGCGAAUAGACACGGUUUCAGUCAUGAAGUCGAUCAUCCGAAGAACGUACCUAAUUAUUUUACAGUCGAUAACGUUAAACACAACACCGAAUCUGCAAAUGACGAUGCUGCAUAUAUACUUUAUCAUCUUCUUAGGAAUACCAACAACAACGACCAUUCCGAUUUCAAGGAAGCGAAAGACAGCCUUCGUUCUGCUCUCAGAGCCCGAUGCCAGAAAGUAGAACACUGCGUCCGAAAAUGUCAAAAGAAACAGAUAGAUUGCCCUAUUAACUGCAAAGAAAGUUACGACGAAUUUAACAUUUGCCCAUCGGAGAAACCAAAAGGAUGCAAAAAAACGAAAUGCGGAAGGACUUUGCCACCAAAUUGGUUGUAAACGUAUUUGAAUUUUCGAAUUAAACGAAUAAUCCGUU